AUGUCGGGUGCACCAAUAAUCGUCACCUUCUUUCUUGUCCUCAUCGCGGGCGCGGCAGCCUUCUACUACGUGCCAAAAAGCCAAGACCAAAUUUUAUACCGAACGAUGCUCGUCAUAACGCUGACAUGCACUUGGACAAUGUGGGCCAUAACAUAUCUAGCGCAACUCAACCCGCUGAUAGCACCGGAGCGAGCGUUCGGGCACAAAUAA